CAAUAGAGGAUGACAGUGGUGGGCAUAGCUCAACUAGUACUAAGGGAAUACCCACUCUCUAAAAUCCUUUUUUUUUACAAUAGACGAUGCCCUUCCCAGACUCCAAUUCCCAGUUCUGAUUUCCCGUAGGGUCCUGCUGGUCGACGAUCCACUGCUCUUUCGUUCCGGGCUGGCGGCUGCUGUUUUAAACUGGACAAAUUCAUUGUUCUUCCAGGUGAUUCUCAACAUGAAUUUCGAUUUGGAUUACUAUGUUAGAAAACAUCCCAAUGUCUCGAAGAGGGAGAUGGAGAAGAUCUGGGAGGUUGUAACCGGUGUGACCAAGCCGGAGUAUUGUAAGGGUCUUUUUGAGUUCCGCGUAGAAACUCUUGAUUAUGAAAAAGGACAAGAGAAAGUUAACGGUAAUUGAUGAUAGUGAUGAUGACACUGAUACAACUAUGUUAACUGCCAAAGAGGGAAACGAUAUUGAGGCACCUCAACUGGCUUGGACUCUUCAUCCACACAUAAAUAAACCAUGCCCAUCACCAGCAAUAGAGGUGUUCUCGGUCAUCAUUGGUCGGGAGAAUUGGAAAGAAAUGAAUAUAUAUGGCUCAAUUGAAGUAUCGUUCGAUUAUGGUGGGUUCAGUGUCUUUAAAAAAAAUGAAGGCGUUACUGUGAGGUUACUUGAGGGAAGGAAAAGUUUACCAAUGUUAAAUGGAUCCGGAGUAUUCGAGGAUUGUUGUUCGUUGAAGUUGGAGUGUGAUUUGAAGGAUGUGUGUGAUUCCACCCUAAACAUCAAGGGAUAUGUUGAGUGGGAUGCCGGGGUUCUAAGUUCUUCUUUAUUUUAUGACCGGCAUUUGUGUGCAGUGAUUCAAGGAGAAAGUGGAUUUGCAGCUCUCCAUUAUUCCAUCUUUUUAAGUGCUGUGCAAGCCAACCUGAAAGUCUUCUAUAAGCCCAAAAAGAGAUUACCGGAAACUAUCGAUGCCCCUCCAAGUGUUUGGGGAAGUCUUCUUGCUCGAUGCGGAAAGUUUGAGUACUUAUCACAAUAUAGCAGAGAUUGCUAUAAAACCAUGCUAUUCGAGAGAACUGAGGAGGAUUCCAUACAAAUCAUUGGUGAUGGCAUCGUUCCACUUUCACGGUCUGUUGUUGUUGUUGUUGUUGUUCCAUCCGAUUCCUUUCUCGUGAUUGAUGCUGACCUCACACUGUACAAUCAAAGGCUGUUGUGCACCAGAAAAUUUGGCAUUGGUACAAGUUUUGCAAGUGUUGAGUUUGACGAAUAUGAUGUUUAUUUUGAGGUGGAAUGGAGUGAUAUCAAGUAAAUGUGUGUAGUACUUUCCAUUGUUGGCUUCAAUUGCCAAGUAGGAAGCUUUUAUGUAGGCCGACUAAUUAUUGUGUAAAACAUUGUUAUUUUUGUGUUCUGUUCGCUAUUCAAACCCUUAAUCAUCUGAAGAUUGUUUGCACCCGGCGAUAUAGUAGUUGGCCGGUAUGUGUAUUAUUUCGUUAUUGAACAUAUGGGGCACUAAUUAUAUUAUCUUCUGAUUGUAUUUUCACAUUCUAUUAAAAAGUUGAGAUUACUAUUA